AAAGAGGGAGCUGAGGUGUCCGUUCUCUUCUCCUGAGCCUUCAGACUACUAGGCCGCGCUGCUUGGAGGCACCACGCCCUAUGUAUACUCGCCGCCUCCUCCCCCUUCGCUCCAUGUCACGUUUGGGUGGUCCCCCUCGAAUGCGGCCUGGGGUCUGUGAAAAGUCCCUGUUUGGUCCUAAAAGCGGGCGUCCCCCAAAGUGGGCAGACGUUAGAAAACCCCAGAGUGGUCCUUGGCUGUGGAUAACUCCCUUCCCGGCUGAGUGCGCCCUAAGGAGUGGAAGAGGCCGAGAUUUGAAGCCAGAGGACGUUGGGUCUAGUCCGCGUGUUGCUCUUAGGCAGCAGGAUUUCAAAACCUCUGAGCCUGUUUCCCUGCUUGAAAAAUUGUGAAACCCACCUCAGGCCUCCUGCAGUGUUAGGCACUUCCCUCUGCAGGCUUCCGUAGUAUCCCUGACGUUCCUAGGGUACCAAACAACUGUUUUGUGCCUAACUUCCCCUCCAAACUGCCCUGAAAGACAGCAGUCUCAUCGUUCACGGGGUCUGUGAUAUGCCUAGCACAAGGCUUUAUUCAGGUUUAUUGUAGUACCUAGGAAGCCUUCAGCUGGAUUCUGGAGGUGAGAGGGGCUCAUGGACCUUGCUGCUUUCCGAAGGCUCUUGAGCAGUGAACAGUGGAAGCAACCGUGGAUUUGAAAAAGAGUGGCCUCUACUUGGUACCUGAGGUGUCAUUUUAGUUUGAUCGUAAUCCUUUGCUGUAGUAGGAAGCCUUACCAAUACAGAUAGAUACCAAAACUUAUGAUCAUCUAGGCCUAAAUAGCAAAGAAACAUGGGCCUGGGAUCCUUACCCAAUAACAGCUAACACUUAAUGAACAUCUAUGAGUUAUUCUGCUUUAUAAAGGAUAUCACGUUUAAUCUUACAAUAAUCCUAUAAAUUGGUUAGUAUUGUCAGAUGGGGAAUCUGAGUUAUCUAGUUAAGUUGAGUGAUAAACAAGGCCCAGGUUUCAGUUCAAGUCUGUGUAACUUCAGAUACUUAACUAUCCUGUGAUUGUCUGCAUUUAACCUCUAAAUCUGAACAAUUUGCUGCUUUUCACCUUUUUUGGGGGGCGGGUCCACUAGAGUAGACUAUUGAGAACUGUUGGUAUGUCAUACAACCCUCUGAAAUAUACUUUUUCACUAUAUACCCUGUUCCUCCCCCUCCCCCCCUCCCCACACUCUGCCCAUAACUUUAUGCUCCUUGCUCCUGUAGUACCAGGUUUUUUACGUUCUUUAGCUCUGCCAUAAUAUACUUUCUUCCUUAUACUCACUCUUAUAGUGUGGCAGCUCAAAUAAUUUACUGCUCGUAUUGGAUGUACAGUAUCUUUUAAAACAGGGUCUCUAAAAUGGUAAGUCACUGUGGGAAUAGUGAAUUAAUGAAUUGCUAAUUAAAACGUGUGUGAAUAAGAAGGUAAAUGAAAAACAGCUUUGAAAAAAGAUUCAGGAGCAGUGAAUUGAAGAGACAGAAAAAAGCAAUUAGGGAUGAGGUGGCAAUUAGACCUCAGUAGGUAGGGAGAUCCCCUUCCCUCCUGCAAUUAGGGUAAUAGGAAUCAGCACCCAUCAGAAUCAGAAAUAAAUGGAGAAGCUUGGGAAGAACCUGAACCAACCUGAUCUGGAGAAAGAGGGAGCGGAUGAAGGUGGAAGGCAAAACAAGGACACAAACAAACUGCCCCAGGAUAUUACGCUGCGCCUGGGCGCACUGCGGCCGGAUGGAGCGCUUGGUCCGUGUGCCCUACAGCUUGUACCCGGGCUAUGGGAACACGCUGCCUUUGGGCCAGCCUGGACUUUCUGAGCACAAACAGCCCGACUGGAGGCACAACAACGGUCCCCCCGCUUUCCUGGCCAGGCCGGGGCUGCUGGUGCCCUCCAACGCCUCCGACUACUGCGUGGACCCUUACAAGAGGGCCCAGCUUAAGGCCAUUCUCUCCCAGAUGAACCCCAGCCUGAGCCUGCGUCUGUGCAAGGCCGACACCAAGGAGGUGGGCGUGCAGGUGAACCCCCGGGUGGACAAGUCCGUGCAAUGCUCACUGGGGCCUCGCACCUUGCACAGCCGCUCCCCCUGGGGCAGCACGGGGUACAAGGCGUCCCUGUCAGCCUGGGAAGUCUAUUCGCCAGUGAUGGGCCGCAGGGGCCUGGUGCGGCUGCAGAAGGAUGGGGAAGACGAGGAGAGGAAGGCGCUUUCGGGUCCUCCCAAGGCCAGCCAGCCGCCGCCGCUGCCGCCACCAACACCAGGGUCGGAAGAGAACCAGCGGGAGGAACUCCGGCAACAGGAGGAGUUGGGGGAGGAAGAUGCCUCAAGUCCUCGGGAAAGGAAGAGCAAGCAAGCUCAGGGAGACGCCAGCGAGCCGCUCCGGAAGCCCAACUUCCAGUUUUUAGAACCAAAAUAUGGCUAUUUUCACUGUAAAGAUUGUAAGACCAGAUGGGAGAGUGCUUAUGUGUGGUGCAUUUCUGGAACUAAUAAGGUUUAUUUCAAACAACUCUGUUGCAAAUGCCAAAAGAGUUUUAACCCUUAUCGAGUAGAAGCAAUCCAAUGCCAGACCUGUUCAAAGUCUCGUUGUUCCUGUCUUCAAAAGAAAAGACACAUCGAUCUAAGGAGGCCUCAUCGGCAGGAGCUGUGUGGCCGCUGCAAAGACAAGAGAUUCUCCUGUGGCAAUAUUUACAGCUUUAAAUGCAUCAUGUGACAGGCAGCAUGCUUCAUACGGGACACCUGAACUCUUCUUGUAAUUUACCGUAUAGUUCCUCUUUUGCACCUUGGCUCUGACCUGGUAUUGGAAAAUGGUUUAGGCUUUUGUACUUUUUGUAGGUGGUAUGACAAUUGUCGAUGUGAAUAGAAUAAAAUAAAUGCAUGUAAAAUAGA